CGCUGCGAGACGUAAUAAAUACACGCCAGGUGCCUGCAGUUUGGUUUACCUGAGUGAGGUGCGCUUGGAGCACCAAUAUUGGACAUUUGACACCUGAGAGGACUGCAACUCUAUUCCUUUGGGUGAUUGAAAAGGGGACAUCGACAAUGAUACUAUUUUUCAUACUUGCAGUUUUCUCCUCUGCUAGAGGCCUACAGGUGACCAUUGGACAACCUACAUAUGAGGUUGCGCGAGGCGAUGAUGUCACCCUGGUGUGUAGUUUCAUUCCUGCUGCACAACCCAACCCCUCCACGUUGGUCAUCAUCACAUGGUCCAUGGAGGCUGAUAGCCCUGUUGAUCCGAAGAUUGUUAUUGCCACAUUCUACUCUAUCAAAAAUCAAGUGGACAUCAAGCCUUCCUAUAAAGACCGAGCAGAGAUGACCCAUGACAUCACUGGAGGGCGGAGCACCCUGACCCUCCGCAAGGUGUCCAUGCAGGACAACAGGCUGUGGCAGUGCAGGGUGCAGAUCCCUGGAGACGAGGAGGGGACGCCUUCCACCACCACCGAACUAGUGGUCCUUGUGGCUCCCUCCGUGCCCGUCGUCAGCGUACAGGGCGAAGCAGAGUACUGGAACAACAUCAACCUGACCUGUGUGUCUGAGGAGGGCUCCCCCGCCCCGACCUACAGCUGGAAAACAAACGAUAUCAGGAACACUCCCAGAGUAUUCCCACCGAGGACCACUGAGAAGAAUGGUGUUCUAUCUCUGUUUAAUAUCUCCAUGGAGACUUCCGGUUUCUUCAUCUGCACCGCGACCAACCAGGUCCGAUCUGCCAGCUCAAACUUCACCCUCACUGUCAUGCCCCCCUCCAUGAAGGUCGGGUCCACAGUAGCCAUCAUUGGAGGGGUCGUAGCUGGGGUCCUGGUCCUGGGGAUUGUCAUAUACUGCUGUAGGAAGAAGAGGAACAAAUCUAAACAGGAGAAUGUUCAAGGAGUUCCAGAAGUGGUGAAGUUCCAUGACACGCCGACACUCAACGUUGGGGCAGGUUACCGGGACGACAUACCGGAAGACAGGACUGAGGGGAGCAUCGUGCUGCAUGACCAUUACGAGAUGAAAGGGGAGAUGGAUCACGAUGACCAAAGUGUUAGAACAGAUUGCAGUGAUGGCCGCAAGGAGAAGUCUGAUGACAACCGCAACAACUAUGGAGAUCAGCGCGAUCGCUAUGGUGGCAGCCGCGAUCGCCUCGACGACCAGCGCGAUCGCUAUGGUGGCAGCCGCGAUCGCCUCGAUGAUCAGCGUGUUCGAUAUGGUGGCAGUCGUGAUCGCCUUGACGAUCCACCUGUUCGCUUUAGUGGCAGCCGCGAUCGCCUUGACGACCCACCUGUUCGCUAUGGUGGCAGCCGUGACCGCCUUGACGACCCACCUGUUGUUCUCCAUGGUGGCAGCCGCGAUCUCCUUGACGACCCACCUGUUCGCUAUGGUGGCAGCCGUGACCGCCUUGAUGACCCGCCUGUUGUUCGCCAUGGUGGCAGCCGUGACCGCCUUGAUGACCCGCCUGUUGUUCGCCAUGGUGGCAGCCGUGACCGCCUUGAUGACCCGCCUGUUGUUCGCCAUGGUGGCAGCCGCGAUCGCCUUGACGACCCACCUGUUCGCUAUGGUGGCAGCCGUGACCGCCUUGAUGACCCGCCUGUUGUUCGCCAUGGUGGCAGCCGUGACCGCCUUGAUGACCCGCCUGUUCGCCAUGGUGGCAGCCGUGACCGCCUUAAUGACCAGCAUGAUCGGUACAAUGACCAGUACGACGAAUCAUAAGAUGACCAACAUGUCCUAUUUCCAGGUUGUCCAAUGGAAUUACAGCCAUCCUCCUCAAUGCUAAUCUGCUGGUACAGGGAGCCUACUUCAGUAGUAUCCCAUGCUGGUGCACUACCCUAUAAUCUCCCCUUCGAUUCUAAUGCCUCACAAACAAUCAUUAAUGUUACUCGAUUUCCAGGCUGUUGUUAACUGCCCAAGGUGCUCAGUGAUUUGGACAUUUACUCAAUCAAAAUAAUACCAGAUCUUGGUGCACUUGAUAACCGGAAUUUGGAAAAUACAAAAAUGUUUUUAUUUGAUAAACAAACUAGGCCUAGACUUGGUCUUGGUAUUUGAUGAGCAUCCCCAUUAACUGUUGCAAAAGCAGCAGCUACUCUUUCUGGAGUCCACAAGAACAGCUUAAUAGACAAGAACAGCUCAAGGACAUAAGUUAAUUUGACAAGAACAGCUCAAUAGACAAGAACAGCUCAAUAGACAAGAACAGCUCAAUAGACAAGAACAGCUCAAUAGACAAGAACAGCUUAAUAGAAAAGAACAGCUUAAUAGAAAAGAACAGCUCAAGGACAUAAGUUAAUUUGACAAGAACAGCUCAAUAGACAAAAACAGCUUAAUAGACAAGAACAGCUCAAUAGACAAGAACAGCUCAAGGACAUAAGUUAAUUUGACAAGAACAGCUCAAUAGACAAGAACAGCUCAAUAGACAAGAACAGCUCAAUAGACAAGAACAGCUCAAGGACAUAAGUUAAUUUGACAAGAACAGCUCAAUAGACAAGAACAGCUCAAUAGACAAGAACAGCUCAAUAG